UUCUAGCCGCAUACGCGGUAGUUUCCAUGGACUUCUGGCUGGAUGUCACAGGACCUCACCGCUGUUCUCCCCGGAGCAGCCUGGUCCAACCUGAUGAUGGCUCCUGUGGCCGCGGUGGUGUGCAGCCCUCAUGCCCGGCUCUUUGCCAGCCUCCUCCGGCUGGGCCUGCAGCACCCUGGCCCUCUCCAGCUGCACACAGGAGCCAGCUGUGCGGCCAAGAGCCACUAUGAGGUGCUGGUGCUGGGCGGGGGCAGCGGCGGGACCACCAUGGCUGCACGCAUGAAGAGGAAAGUGGGUGCAGAGAAUGUGGCUGUCGUGGAGCCCAGUGAGAGACAUUUCUACCAGCCCAUCUGGACCCUGGUCGGUGCUGGGGCCAAGCAGUUGUCCUCAUCUGGUCGCCCCACAGCCAGCGUGAUUCCCUCUGGGGUGGAAUGGGUCAAAGCUCGUGUAGUGGAGCUGAACCCGGACAAGAACUGUGUCUACACCGACGUCGGCAAGCAGAUCUCCUACAAAUACCUUAUCAUUGCUCUCGGAAUCCAGCUGGACUAUGAGAAGAUUAAGGGCCUGCCUGAGGGUUUUGCUCAUCCCAAAAUAGGGUCCAAUUAUUCAGUGAAGACGGUGGAGAAGACGUGGAAGGCUCUGCAGGACUUCAGAGAGGGCAAUGCCAUCUUCACCUUCCCAAACACGCCUGUGAAGUGUGCCGGGGCCCCACAGAAGAUCAUGUACUUAGCGGAAGCCUAUUUCCGGAAGACUGGAAAGCGACCCGGGGCCAACAUCAUCUUCAACACCUCUCUCGGAGCGAUCUUUGGGGUUAAGAAGUACGCGGAUGCCCUGCAGGAGAUCAUCCGGGAGCGGGACCUCACUGUGAACUACAGGCGGAACCUCGUCGAGGUCCGAGCCGACAGACAAGAAGCCGUCUUUGAGGACCUGGACAAGCCCGGGGAGACCCAGGUGUUUCCCUAUGAAAUGCUGCAUGUCACACCGCCCAUGAGCUCUCCGGAUGUCCUCAAGACAAGUCCCGUGGCUGAUGCGGCUGGCUGGGUGGACGUGGAUAAAGAAACUCUGCAACACAAGAAGUACCCCAAUGUGUUUGGGAUCGGGGACUGCACCAACCUCCCCACCUCCAAGACUGCGGCCGCAGUAGCUGCCCAGUCAGGAAUACUUGAUAGGACAAUUUCUCUGAUUAUGAAGAAUCAAACACCAGUAAGGAAGUAUGACGGCUACACGUCGUGUCCGCUGGUGACCAGCUACAACCGUGUGAUUCUGGCGGAGUUUGACUACACAGCUCAGCCGCUGGAAACCUUCCCCUUCGACCAGAGCAAAGAGCGGCUCACGAUGUACCUCAUGAAAGCUGACAUGAUGCCUUUCCUCUAUUGGAACUUCAUGCUCAGGGGAUACUGGGGAGGACCAGCCUUUUUACGGAAGUUGUUUCAUCUGGGUAUGAGUUAAGGGUGGUUCCAUCCUGCUCUUUUGGAUGACUUCUGAGUCCAAAUUGCAGUUCCUGAAUCAACCAAGAGCGGCGCGAAGGACUCUCCUAGCCCUGUGAAGACUUUCUUGCUGGAUAAUGGCGACUUUUUUGGGGUCUCUCUGAACAGCCAUCGUGUGGGCUGAUGAAGGAGCUUGAUUCUUCGGAAAUAUUCAAGUGAUAGACUU